AUGAUUGCAACAUUAGAUUUUCAAGAACAUCCACCUACUUCUACUCAUCCUUCUGAUCCAAACAAUUCAUCCACAGUCUCUCAUAUUCAAUCCAAUCAAGUCUCACUUUUAUCAGUCUUUAAUUGUCUUGGUCGAAUCUUUGCAGGACUGAUCUCAGAUACACUAGAAGCACAUUAUGGUCUAUCAAAAGUAUGGUGGUUAUGUUGGGUUUCAAGACAACAAGUCGUUCAACUUAAGUUUGGAAAUAAUUCAUUAGAAUUAGAUUCACCUCUGUUUAGUCCUGGAGGUAAUGAUAAUAAGGGAUUUAAUCAUGAGAUUUUAAUACCAUCUUGUGUGGAAAAUUCAUUAAGUGGAAUCAUGGAAAAUAAUCUUACUUAUCUUUGGUAUAGAAAAAUGUUUGUGAUUUCAAAGGAUUUGAAUCAUCAAAAGGUUUUAUUAAACUUUGGUGCAAUUGAUUAUGAAGGUAUUUAA